GUUCUCCGCCACAGCUUAGCGUUACUCCACAAACAUGCCCUCAGACGAGCAACUCUAUGGUGAAGCGGGCCAGCGAACUGUAUGCUUCCAUUGGGUGAACACGAGUGACGGGAGGUUGUCCGCAGAAGAUUGAAAGAAGGUGUAGCGGGUCGGCUGCCGGACAUUAACCCAGAAUGAAUGGAAUGGAGCUGUCCAACUUCACCUUCCUCAAUGGCUCUGAGGGGAACGACACCGAGCCGCUGUUGCCUGAAAGCCCCUACAAGACCGUGGAGGUGGUGUUCAUCGUCCUGGUGGCUGGCUCUCUCAGUCUUGUCACGGUCAUUGGCAACAUCCUGGUCAUGCUUUCCAUAAAGGUCAACAGGAACCUGCAGACCGUCAACAACUACUUCCUCUUCAGCCUUGCAUGCGCAGACCUGAUCAUUGGGCUUUGCUCCAUGAACCUGUAUACAGUGUAUAUUGUGAUUGGCUACUGGCCGUUGGGGCCUGUGGUGUGUGACCUAUGGCUGGCCCUGGACUAUGUGGUCAGCAACGCCUCGGUCAUGAACCUUCUCAUCAUCAGCUUUGACCGUUACUUUUGCGUUACCAAACCGCUCAGCUACCCAGUUAAAAGGACCACCAAGAUGGCAGGCAUGAUGAUUGCAGCAGCCUGGGUCCUGUCCUUCAUCCUGUGGGCCCCGGCCAUCCUCUUCUGGCAGUUCAUUGUGGGCGGCCGGACAGUCCCAGAGAGGGAGUGCUACAUCCAGUUCUUCUCCAACGCCGCAGUUACCUUCGGCACUGCUAUCGCUGCCUUCUACCUGCCCGUUAUCACCAUGUCAGUGUUGUACUGGCAGAUCUCCAGAGCCAGCAAGAGCCGUGUAAAGAAGGAGAACAGGAAGCCUUCUGGGGCUAACCAGGAGGCCCUUUCCCCCAGUCACGUUCGAAGCCACAUCAACAAACCAAACAACAACAACGUGGCGGCGGACGACGCCGAGAGGAGCCAGAUCCACAACACCGAGAACCUGGCCAACCAGCACGACGGGAAGCUGCAGAACGGCAAGGGCCCAUCCAACGCCAGCGGGGAGGGCGAAGGGGAGGGGGAGGAAGGCGUGACGGAGAACUGUACGCUGGGCGAGGAGAAGGAGAGCUCCAACGGCUCCACCUCGGGCAGCGCGGCGGCUUCUCAGCUGAAGGAGGAGGAGCCGGCGCAGGCCAGGAAAAACUGCCACACCAACGCCAACGCCAACCCCAGCCCCGUGCCUCCUCGAGCCCGGGCCAAGGCAGGGGGCUCCAAGCUGACCUGCAUCAAGAUUGUGACAAAGUCACCCAAAGGCGACUGCUACAACACCGGCAACACCACCGUGGAGAUCGUGCCUGGCGCUGAGAAGCAGAACUUGGUGACCCGCAAGAUUGUUAAGAUGACCAAGCAGCCGCCCAAGAAGAAGAAAGCACCACCGUCGCGUGAGAAGAAGGUCACCCGCACCAUCAUGGCCAUCCUGGUGGCCUUCGUGGUCACCUGGACGCCCUACAAUGUCAUGGUGCUCAUCAACACCUUCUGCUCCAGCUGCAUCCCCAACACCGUCUGGACCAUCGGCUACUGGCUCUGCUACAUCAACAGCACCGUAAACCCUGCCUGCUACGCCCUCUGCAACGUCACCUUCAAAAAGACCUUCAAACACCUCCUGCUCUGCCAAUACAAAAACAUUAGGUCAGCCAGAUGA